CCCCCCCCGAUUUUGUUUGCUUGAACGCUCCCUUGCAUCAAGUCAUCCCACAUCAUCAUGUCCAAGGCUGGAUUCAACAUACGGAGGUUGAUCUCCCAAAGGCAACCCAAACAUGCGGACGAGGACUAUGACAGCGAUGAGGGUGGCCGGGCCCAUUCCAGUCAAGAAAGCCGAAAAGAGUCGUGGUUAAUGAGGCGCUCCCAGAGCACAAAACAACCACCAGCCCCGAUCAUUAUCAGCAGACCCCAAAGCGUCCAUAAUGUCUUAACGCCCCUGCCCCCGUUGCCAGAUGAGACCCCACGUUCUUCGGCUAGUUCAGUGUGUAGCUGCGAGCAGCAUGGCGAGUUUGCUUCCCCAAGAUUUGCUGGAAUAAGACGGUCUCCUCUUUGUUCCCUAUCAUCAAAGGAUGAACGAAGCGAAUGCUCGCCUCAACUCUCGAGCGCCACUACAUACGCUGGUGAGGAUAUUUCACCGCGGUUUCCCUUGAAAGACCCUGUCCAGUCCCCCCCGCAUACCAAGAGGCACAAGGCAGGGCCCUCGAGUUCAAGGCUCGGUUUUAUGGAAGCUUUAUCGCUUGAACCCGAAGACAAAGCGGCAUCUCCAGACCAUCGAGUCUGUGGCAAAGACGACCCAUUAUCAUCAACAUUACCUGAUAAUAUCACUCAGCUCAUCCGGGAAACUGAUGAGGCUUUUCAAGCGGCCGGCAGCGCUCUCGCCGAAGUCUAUGUUGCACGGAUGUCAUUCAACGAAACCCCCAAACUUGCACCCCUCGUGGUGGCAGAAUCACCGACUCUGAAACCGAUUCUGAAUCUGAAAAGUUCAAGACACAAACAUCAACAACGACUCGCAAUUCCACCCCUCGCAUCCCCAACCCGGAAUCCGUCAGUGUCGAGGAUCAAGCGGAACAAGUCAAAGAAGUUGAAGCAAAUGAAACCACAUCGCAAAACCCAACCCACGAGAAAUGCCGUCAAGAACAGCUCACGAUGGACGCUGACGGACAACGUCACCGACUUGUUCAGUGGCCAUCUGUUCAAGAAGAUCGAGGCGGAUGAAAUGCUAACUCCCGCCGAGCUCGAGGCAUACAAGUUACGGAGGCAGUCCAAGCUUCAACUCGAAACACAGGGCUCGACUGAGACGCUACACAGGCUAGGGGGGCCCGAGUCAACCGCGGAUACGCCCAUUGAACCUUUCCACAUGGACGAUCUACCGUUGAGAAUAGGAUCUUCGGGGCUCACGCUCGCAGCAAGCACACCAGUCGGCAAUAAACCAGCAGCGGCAUCAUUCGACAGUGCCGUGAAGCGCGACUUUUCAGCAGAACGAAAGGACGAGAAAGUAUGCUGGGAGGCGUUGCAAACCCCGGAGCGGCCGUCUUCCGGACAAGAGAAUGCCAUGGCCUAUAGGAAUGUGACGUUUCCGAUGCCACCAAUCCGGGGGCCCUUGCGCUACAUGUCUAGGAAACAGCUUCCUGCUCUCCCCAGCAUUCCAGAGAUCGGGCCUGUGCUGCAUGAUGAACUGUUUCGAGAGAACAGCCCCAAGGCCUCGAGAGAAACGGUGGCGGAUGCAGACUAUAUCUUUCUUCGAUCAUCACCCUGCACCAUAACCGCCCCCAUCUUCCGCCAUGGCCCAAUACGCCUAGCAAAAUCAGAUCUUCACCCCGACCCCGUCAUCGGCGUAGACGAAGGUUUAGACUGGACUGCCUUUCAAAUCGCCAUCAGCAGUGCCGGCGACUUGUACUCCGAGAGCGAGGACACGAUUCGGCGAUGGGAGCAGGAGGACCUCGAGACUCUCUUCGCGUGGUGGGACGACUUGCAUUUGGACGGCGCUGGCGAACUCAUCACCAAGGAGCCCGAGGUCCACAGCCCUACAAGCACCAUCUCCGGCGGGGAUUGCAGCGACUUUUCCUACAGCGAGAUCGAAAACGACAAUCCCUAUAGUGCGAGACACAAGUGGCAAUGUCUCAAGAACGAGAAGGCGUCCAAGGGCCAGAACCUCGAUCUCAACUUGUCGCGCCACGCAAGCAACAAAUACAGUCUCGAUGGAUAUGACCCGCACAGCUUGUACAACGACGAAGGCGGCAAGAGACGGUGGACUGCCGAGAGUGAAGCCAACCCCUACGUCAACCGGGAGAGCUUGGGCAGCCUGCCCGAGAGCCCAAUGCCGGACCUCGACUUCGGGAAGAGCGAAGUCGGAGAUGUCGACGUCGUGCCGAUGGGAUACAACCUGGGCCACGACCUCGGGGACUUCUUGCAAUGGGAAGCCCAGAACGUCUACGCGGACCACAACCUUUGGGAUGGAGGCGUCAUAUGAGAUAAUCCCGGCUCGUCGGGAAAUUCGUCCAUCUCGUGCAUGAGCAAGUAGUAUACGGCGCUUAGAUAAUAGUGGCUGUUAUCCAUCAAUGGUCACGACUCGACACAACAAACAGAGGUUUUUGUACAUUUCUGGGUUUCGUGUUUCGGUAUAUACCACCGGGCACGUUGUCUCUACGGCGUUUUGACAUUGCAUUAGCUUCAUA